AUGAAUUUACGGAAAUUCGCUAGUAAUUCUUCAGACCUGAACAAGUUCUUCGAAGCAGAGGAAGACGAGAAAGUUCCACAGAUACAAAAGUUACUUGGCCUCCAAUGGAACACUUCCGAAGACAAGCUUUCACUAACUCUGCCUCAGAAACCACCAAAAGAAGGUAUGUGGACGAAAAGGAAAAUUUUAAAAGAAGUAGCCAGUAUAUAUGAUCCAUUGGGAUUUCUAACUCCUUUCCAGAUCACAAAUUUAGAAGACAGUUAUGGAUCUAGAUGUAUUUUGAGUAGCUGA